AUGGCAACGACCGCACUAGCACCUCUAGAUGUCAGCAUGGCAACACCUUGCCUAGAUAUUCCACCCGCUACGUGGGGCACACUCUCACCCUCAACCUCAACACUCCCACCACUUCCAGCACCCACCCCGGCACCACCCUCCCGCCUCCAAUUCUCCUCCCUACCCCUCGAGAUCCGCGACCUCAUCUGGGAACACACCCUCCCACCCCCGCGCCUAUUCCACAAGACUUCCUCCAGCGCCGCCUCCAGCACCAACCCUCCGCCCCCGAACCGGCCGCCGCAUCGCCGAUUCCGCCUCUCCUACCCGGCCCCCUCGCCACCCAAAUCUGCGCCGAGUCGCGCCGCGCCGCCCGCCGCGCUGGCUUCGAGCUCCUACCCGCCUCCACCACCAACGGCGGGCCCGGCCAACCCCCAUCCGCCUCUGGUUCAACCCCGCGCCGACAUCGUCUACAUCGACCGCAGCCUGCGGACCACGCUCGUCCACGAGCGCGGCCAGCCCGAAUUCGCCGUCGUGGGCUUCGAGCGCGUCCAGCACGUCGCCGUCGAGUGGCGCUGGGUCACCAGCAACGGCUCCGUGCCCCUCGGCAACUACGCGGACCAGCCCAUGCUCGACCUCCUCGGCCAGAGGGUGGCUUCCCUCUACGCUUACAUGCCCGCCCUCGCCACCCUCCACUACAUCCUGCCCCUGGUCCGCUGCGACCUCGUCGACCUGCCCCCGCGCAUCACCAUCCCUCUCGAGAGCGGCCACCGCCCGUGGGGCGAUGUGCGUGAUGCGCUCGUCAAUGCCAUCAGCGCCGAGUCCAGCGUCCAAUAUUGGCUCCGCUGCUUCGGCGACCGCGGCUCCUAUCCCCCAACAUUGUCGGACACUGGCUUGUCCGCCAUGGUCUAG